UGCAUCACGCCAGCUUAGCUAUGUCUAGUCCCUCUACUAGUACUGGAGCCGGCUCUAGGGCCACUACCUCUGCUGAUGCUUCAACUAGUUCACUUGCAGUACAGACAUCCGUCUUACCAUCCGAAUACCGCACUGCUGAAGCAAUUGUGUCGACAGCACGUGAUGUAAUCCGGCAAGUUAGAGAAGGCCGCCAUCAACUCCCCCAACACAACUCCGACUCUGAUUCCGAUUUCAUCGCUGACGCUAGGCCUGCAGGCUUUGACUCUGUGCUGCAGACCACUCGCACACAGUUUCGGAGGCGUAGAGUCCAAGACUCUAAUGAGCAAAGAAGGCGAGACAACAGAGGCAGAAGAGGCAGAGCAAAGAACCAACUUUGGAAGGCUCGUUUGUUUCUUCUCAGAAGAAGUAAUCCAGACUUCUAUCCAGGAAAAGCAGAGUGUGCGUAUUUGAGCAACAUCGGAUUAGGAAAUCCUCACAAUCUGGAUCCCCAAUCUGAUGGCAAGGUAGAACUACAAAGGAACUGGAGUCUCCAGCGAUUUGAAGACUUUGUAAUAGCUACCUACCCAGACCAACCUCUUGCAAGGACUGGAUUUCGAAUUGGCUGUUGCAGCAAGAGUAAGAGGGUGACGAUUUUGGAGGAUAUACACAAUGUCUUGGACAUUGACAAGAAGGUGGGACGUGGACAGAUCCUAAUCAUACCCAACAGGGAUCUUCACGCUGUGUUGCCUCCAACCCAACAACCUCCAACCCAACAACCUCAGGUCAACCAGCCACCUCUUCAUGAGCAACCCGCCCACCAGCCACGUCUUCGUGAGCAACCCGCCGAUCAGCCACGUCUUCGUGAGCAACCCGCCGAUCAGCCACGUCUUCGUGAGCAACCCGCCCACCAGCCACGUCUUCGUGAGCAACCCGCCGAUCAGCCACGUCUUCGUGAGCAACCCGCCGAUCAGCCACGUCUUCGUGAGCAACCCGCCGAUCAGCCACAUCUUCGCGAGCAACCCGCCGAUCAGCCACGUCUUCGUGAGCAACCCGCCGAUCAGCCACGUCUUCGUGAGCAACCCGCUGAUCAGCCACGUCUUCGUGAGCAACCCGCCGAUCAGCCACGUCUUCGUGAGCAACCCGCUGAUCAGCCACGUCUUCGUGAGCAACCCGCCGAUCAGCCACGUCUUCGUGAGCAACCCGCCGAUCAGCCACGUCUUCGUGAGCAACCCGCUGAUCAGCCACGUCUUCGUGAGCACCCCGCCGAUCAGCCACGUCUUCAACAGCCCGAAGAGGCAGAAGCGUUCAUCGUUUUGUCGGAUUUCGAACUCAGCAGUGACGAGUCACUUGAUGACCAUACACCAAAUGAAGAACAAAAUGCCGAAACUGGAACCCCAACUAUCGUGAUCCAGCCCAACAGACGAGCAUUCUCGAACCUUGAAGCACUGCUACAGGCCGAGGAGAUCACGGUCGUGUUUCACCGUAGCCGGUUAAUGGAGGAAAUGCUGGAAUUCUACAAAAACGCCAGCACCGUUAACAAGCGCCUCAAGGUAAUCUUUGAUGGUGAAGACGGGGAGGAUAUUGGGGGUUUGACUCGUGAAGCCUUCACAUCCUUCUGGAAUGCCGCCCAUCGGGUAUAUUUCGCCGGAGAAAAUGUAUGCCUACCGUUUCUCCCGAAUCACCGCAUGCACAAAGAGAGGGAAAACAUGGUUAGCCUGGGAAGGAUUUUGAGCCACACAGCCUUGUUAACGAAGACCUUCCCAAGCUACAUUGCCAAAAGUGUGUACAUUGCAAUAGUUUUCAACUCAGAUGUCAACGAAACCUGUCUCCUCGAAGACCUGAAGGAGUACGUGACAAGGCCAGAGAGAAGGCUGAUCUCGAAGGCCUUGUCAGACUUCGAUUCAAUGUCACCAGCAGAUGUUGAUGACCUCACGCAAGUGUUCAUGGCAUGCGACUUCCAUGCCAUCCCCUCGAAAGGGGAGGUCAGGGCACAACUGCUUGCGAUUGCAGAUUUGAUUUUUGUGCAGAAGCCAGCACCCAUCUACCGCCUUAUAAGGCAAGGCAUACCAGAGGAGCACAUCCUGACCUUCUGGUCCCAACUGUCUAUUGAUGACAUAUCAAUCAUUCUGAAGGCUCAGAAGCCUACUCCUAGGAGGGUGUCCGCUGCCAUCAAUACAGGAGAAUUAGACGACCUAAACAAUAAUCAGGACAGAGUGCUUUAUUUUCUGAGGCAGUAUAUUAACAGUCUACGGGCAGAAGAAUUGCAGGACUUUCUGCAGUUUUGCACAGGUUCAAUCCACAUGCCACUCGACGGGAUCAAGGUGUGCUUUAACAAAAACUUUGGUUCUCUGAGGAGACCAAUUGCCCACACAUGCAGCAAUGUGUUGGAGAUUUCAGAACUUUACACCACAUACCAAGAAUUUCGUAGGGAAUUCCACCUAUAUCUUUCCAAUAGCAUGUCCUUCACAUUUUCUUCUCUGUAAAGUAACAGUAUAUAAGUUGUAUAUUUGUUAAGAUCAAAGAAAUCUCAUCAUUAACAUUACUUUCAGAGAAUUUUUUGUGUUGAUAGAUCACUAUCCAUUCAUGGAUAGCUGUAAUAUCUGUACAUAUAACCAUUUAUAAUAGCCACAAUAAUUUGAUAAUUUGGAAACAGCAGCUGAACAAUUUUCAUAAAUGCCUCCCCUUUUCAAAAAUUUACAAGAGAGAUUUUUAAAUAGUGGUUGAUUAUCUCUUUAUUUAACCACUUUUUCAACAAACAUCACAUGCACUAUAUUUUAUUUGUUAUGGUUUAAAGCAAUGAGUUUUUAGCGAGGCCCCUCUAUUAGUUUUAACGAUAACGGGUUUUUACUUCGUCUUUUUGAAUCGUUAUUCAAUUUGAAUAGGUGGAGUUCUAGAUAUUAGUUUGUAAUGUAAUGGUGCAGGCUUACUAAAUUUCAGAUUUACCAAAACUGUACUCUCUGUACCAAAACACAACUAUCUUCCCGGGCAAGGCUCAACGCUCGCACUGGCCUGCUGGUCCGGGGCCAGUGAACCUACAAGCCAAGUAUAUAUUUUAUAUCACCAACAACUCAGCACCUUGCCAUGAAAUUUUGUUUUAUGUUGAUUUAUCAUUGGAAUAGGGACUGUAGAUAAAACAUUGGUAUCAAUUUUUGCGACAUCAUAAGAAUAUUUAAUCAAUAUGUAACAGUGUGAUGUAACAUUCAUUCUGUAAAUACAAUUAGAAUUUAGCCUUCUUUUCGAAAUAGAAUCUUGCAUCAUUUAAGAGUAUUUUGUUCUUGCCAAGUUUAAUUGUGAUAUAUUUAAAGGCCCAAGUAAUGUUACGACCAAGAAAAGAUUUUUCUAAAUAUAUACAUGUAUAUUAUAACUAACUUGUGUACCUCAGAAAACACCAUGAAAUUGCCUGUGGAGCUCACUGUCACUUUUUUUUGGUCUGAAUAUUUUUAUAGAUAUUCACGUAAUGGAUUAUUUAUUAUUGGUUUUUUGAAGGUUGAAAUCUGCUGGUUGUAAUGUAGGGUCCUGUACAAAGUCUAAAUUCAGGAAACCUGAGACUGUCAAGGUUUUGCACCCAGUAAGGUUUUGCAAAGAAAAAUAGGGUGUCCAUGAUUUAUAGCGCAUAAGCGCAUGCUGGGCACUGGGCAGGUACCCUAGGUUCUAGUGGAUAUGUCAAUUUGUUUUAAUACUAUGCUCCUUAUGCGUUAUCUCCUGUCUUAAUACUGAAUGCAAUGUAGGAAAGAGCAGGAAGCCAUUGAAGAGUAGUUGAUUUGAGUGCCAGUAAUUAUAGUGCUUCUGCAGUAUACAAGCGCUAUGCAGGCCGUUUGAAGGGUUUGUGUGCCUAAACUCAUUGUGUUGGACUGUUUUUCAGCACAAGGUGACCUUCAGUUCUGUUUUUGCUUGUUGGUUAGUUAGAGGAAGGGAGGAUUUGGCAUUAAUGUAGAAAAGCAUCGGACCAAAACAGAUCUUUGAGGGUUCUAGCUGCAUAUGAGCUUGUUUGUCCUCCGAGUGAAAUUCUGAAUCUUCUAUUGCUGAGUAUGGAAGCAAGGAUGUGCAUGGUUGUCUGACACUUGGAGAUACAGGAAGCUUUGAGCAGCAGGCCAUGUCUCCAGAAACUGUCGUAUCCUGAUGAGAGGUUAAUCAAUGCCUGUUUUGAAAGCAUGUUAAUAUCCUGCUUCGAUGAAGGUAGUGAGAGCUACGAUUUGAUCAGCAAAACUCUUUUUAGGGGGUCUGAAGCUUGCUUGAUCAUUUGAAAGAACAAUGAGCUAAGCCUGGCCAGAAGGAGAACAGUGUGUAAGAUGUAGUAUCCAAGGUCGUUUGCAGGUUUCACUGGUUUAAGGAUCGCAAUUACUUUAGCCUCUCUCCAAUCCUCUGGUCUGGAUAUCUGCGGCUUUCUUCCAUUUUACAUUGAUGAAGAUGGCUGUCCUUCCUUUGAAGUGUUCAUGCUCCUGUCAGAGUCGUCCUUUAAUCAAUUGAAAAGAUUAAACCGGCUUGAUUGAGGUCCUCUACACGGUCUAUGUUUGGGAAAUUCAUUCCAACUAUUAGUCAUGCAUGUUUCUACCAUCAGGUAAUAUUCUGUGUAUUCAAGAAAUCGUGCCUAAGACCAAAAGGAUGUCCAUUUUUAAGGUGCAUGUUGGUUAUGUUCCCUAGAUCAUUGUAUAUAGGUAGGGCGUAGGUUUGUGUAUGUAUGCUCCUGUAUUCAAACUUGAGGCAGAGGUUGUUGGAGAGAGCAUGGAACUAUUAAAGAUGUGUUGCUAGUAAUCAUUCUUAUGGCUAAAUUUUGAAUGGAGUUACCUGCUUGGUAUAAUAGCUCUCUGUCCAUACCUUAAGUAUUACGAUGGUACAGACACCACAAGGGCUAUUGCCCAUACAAGCUGUUUUGAAGGGACUUGUGCUUGAACCCAUGCUGUUCCCUGCUAGUUUGUAGGGUAAUGUUGACGCUGGUCUUGAAUUAUAUAGAUAUCUUUUUAGAUAUUAGGGUAGCCUAUGGUCCAAGGUAUUUGAGGUAUUCUUGAUGUUAGACUGUGUCUCCACUAAAACUGACCGAACGCUGUAUAUUUGCAUGCCAGUUAAUGAGUUUGAAAGAAGUAAUUGAAGUCUUGGUAUCGUUGGGAAGAAGGUGCCAGUAUUAGGUGAAGUAAUCCUCCAUAUACUUUAAGGGUUACAUCAGAUGUGGUGAUCAAUGUAUUAAAAUCUUUAGAUUAUGUAGCAAGUAAAAGAUUUUGUGUGUGGGCAGAUUUCGUGGAUGUGGUCUUCGGCAGGUCACUUCAUGUCCCGUAUGUUGAGGUGUUGAGUCAAAUGUGCUAAUAUUAAAAACGGUCAAUGGUUUAUAGUACGUAUCUUUUUUAAUCCAUUUGAUUACAUGUAUAGCAUAGUUUUACAAAGAGAGUUUAAUACAGAUACAUGUCUAUGUUAUGUGAUUUGUCGUAUGGUGCUCAUAAGUCUGGGCCAUAACCAUAAUUGUAUUCAAUGUUAAGCUUUGCAAGUAAACUUGUAUUCUUCAAGGAUAUUCAUUGGAUAAACACAUUUGUUAGGAACACAAUCAAUUUUGUUUUGACCUGCCCACCUUACAUUGAGUAAGCUUGCAGUAUUACCAGUGUGUUUAUUUCAUUGUUCGUGCAAAGUAUGUGUGUGCUAUGAAGUUUGAAGGCCAAAGUUAUGUUUCAACUCAGGAAAUAGUUGUCUAAAUAUAUAUAUAUAUAUAUAUAUAUAUAUAUAACUAGACAGAUUAAAUGGUGCCUGUGUAUCUCGUAAAACAACACAAAAGUGCCUUUUGAUCCAACUGUUGAUCUAUUUUUUCAGAUAUAUAAUGUGCUCAUUUAUUAUAGGUUUGUGCUGGUUAAAUUGAUAUGUAAGAACUGUAAAGAGUACUGCCAUCAUUGCUGAAAUACCUCUUGCCUCUGCUUUGGUACUUACCAGUACUUUUUUUGCCUCAUAUUUAAUUAUAUGUAUAACACAUUUGUAUUAAAAGUUUGUCAACCUGCAAUGUCAGAGGAUCUUGUCUGUAAUGUAUGAAAAGAAUGUUUGUAAUUAUGCUGUAUUGUGUUCAGUUUUGGCAAAAACCAUACUGUUUUAUGAUGUUUUAUAGAAUCAACUGUUUAUUUCUGAGACAUAUUUAUGCAUUAUAUAACAUCGUGUCUCGGUUAGUAUUUCUAAUCAGACCAGCAUUUGUUGUGUGAUGAAUCCCCUCAGAACUAUGUGAGAAAUAUUAGAAAGGACAGACAUUUACCACAUGCUGCACAGUGCACAGACGGGUCUGGGUACCUGCAAUAACAUGCAGGGCUAGUCAUUCAUUUUACAUUGAUGAAGAUGGCUGUCCUUCCUUUGAAGUGUUAAUGCUCCUGUCAGAGUCGUCCUUUAAUCAAUUGAAAAGAUUAAACCGGCUUGAUUGAGGUCCUCUACACGGUCUAUGUUUGGGAAAUUCAUUCCAACUAUUAGUCAUGCAUGUUUCUACCAUCAGGUAAUAUUCUGUGUAUUCAAGAAAUCGUGCCUAAGACCAAAAGGCAUACUUGCAUGCCAGUUACCGAAUUGGAAAGAAGUAAUUGAAGUCUUGGUAUUGUUGGGAAGAAGGUGCCAGUAUUAGGUGAUUAAUUCUCCAUAUACUUUAAGGGUUACAUCAGAUGUGGUGAUCAAUGUAUUAAAAUCUUCAGAUUAUGUAGCAAGUAA